GUGGAGGGGAGUUCCACACGUGACUGACUUGAUGCUCCUCUUCAGGAGACUAACGUAGUUAAAAAGGACAGAGAUCAUAGGAUGACAGCAGGAGAGGAGACUCGCCCUUUCAUCACACAUCAUCUUCGCUCGGAUCAUUCUUCUGUACUUUAUAUUUCAUGCCUUUUCCGGUUUCCGGCCUUUUAUUUUACCUGCGUUUUCAGAUAAGCGCGUGUUUUUGUGAUCCACCGGUUUUGUGCUUAUAAAGCUCCUGCCCGGUGUUUUGGAUGUGUCGGCCGACCGCAGCGGUGUUCGCGGUGCUGACCGCCUGCCUCUGCGUGGAGCGUCUGUGCGCGGCGGGGAGAAGCCAGCAGCUCAACUACCGGCCGGUCAUCGGUGUGUUGGCACAAGAAAACUUUCCAGGAGACCAGUUUGCUCGCGGCUCCUCUUACAUCGCUGCCUCCUAUGUCAAAUACCUGGAGGGAGCCGGGGCCAGGGUUGUACCCAUCAGAAUCAAUCGCACACAAGGAGAAUAUGCCGACACAUUCUCCUCAAUAAAUGGGUUGUUGCUGCCGGGAGGAGAUGUAGAUCUACAGACUUCACAGUUCAGUCGAGCAGCAAAGAUCUUUUACGACUUUGCUCUAAAGGCUAACGAUGCUGGGGACUACUUCCCUAUCUGGGGAACCUGUCAGGGCUUCCAGCAGCUUUCUGUCCUCACGGCCAACAAAAACCUGCUCACCCUCACUGAUACCAAGGCUGUGGCUCUACCUCUCACUCUCACACCAGGUACAGCCCAGUCCAGCCGUCUGUUCCGAAGUUUCCCCAAAGAUCUGCUGCAGUCUCUGGCCGAGGAAAACAUCACUUCCAACUUCCACAAAUGGAGUCUGUCUAUGCAGAACUACAGCAGGAAUGCCAAACUGAAGAGGUUUUACAAGGUGCUGUCCACCAACAAUGACGGGAAGAAAGAAUUCAUCUCCACCAUGGAAGCGUACCGCUACCCAUUUUAUGCAGUGCAGUGGCAUCCAGAGAAAAGCCCCUUUGAGUGGAUAGAUAAGCCGGGCAUGACUCACUCCACCACGGCUAUAAAAGCCUGCUUCUACACCUCCAGCUUCUUUGUCUCUGAAGCGAUGAAGAACCACCACCAGUUCUCCAGCCCUGUGGAGGAAGAGCAAGCGCUCAUCUACAACUUCUCCCCCGUCUACAGAGGCAUCCAUGCCAUCUUUGUGCAGAACUAUUACUUUGAUUGAUAGACAGUCCCGAAGAUGAAACCGACCAGUCCACACAGAAUGUGUCAUUAGGAGAAGAGAUGUCCCGAGUUUAAAACAAAACUUUAUGCUGUCGUCACUUACAGAAGCCUCAAACAAGAAGUCAAUACUUAGAAGUUUAGCUUUGCUGAUUUGCUCAGUGAUAUGAAAUGCAGAAGUACCAACAGGACAGCGAUGCAAUGCAUUAAUAAUACAAGAAGAAAAUAAAGCUAAAUUAAAAAAUGAGACUAAUAUCAGAUAAAUGAAAAAUACUUAAAAUGCAAAGAGAAAUCCCAGUUUUAUCUUCAAUCCAAAUCACCGAACAGUGUGAAAGACACUAAACUUAAUGAAACUAAACAUAAACAAGUGAUAAAUACUUGAAUAUAAUCUAAAAAUAUGACCCUAAAUUCCAACUCUCUAAUUGGCCGGGUGCUCUUUCUUUGCAGAAAGUCUAAUAUACCAAUAAUAACAUUGUUUUUAAAAUACUUCAUUGGGGUUCUUUUGUCCCCAUAAAUAUGUUUUUUCAUGGGUUCCUGGAGUCAAAGAUUUCAAUUCAAUUGAACUGAGUCACAGGAGGAACAAGAUAACCUUUGGACAGCAGCAGCAGCUGCAGGCUCCACCCUGUGUACAUGCUGUAAUAACACUAGAAUCUACAACGUUUCUACAGUAUCACACAUGUUGCUCGUCCCUCAGAACUGCUGUCAUAUCUUGAAGUUGGAUAAUCAUUGUGUAAUGCUCCUAAUAAUAGAUAUUAUAUAAUAUUCAUAAACCUCUGUAGAUGAGUCUUGAGAAAUCUUUUCAUGAUUGUAUUCUCAUGUGUCUCUGUGGGCGUUUCCACAUUUUUAUUCCUCAACAAAAAGAGUAUUUUGUAUAUCACAUUGUCAGAGAACAUUAUCAGGAUUUGUGUUUACAUUCAAUUAUUUAUAUUUAUUUUCAAUGUUCCUGUAUGCAGAUUUCAGUAAGCUGAAGUGAUGACACUCCGACGUUCUAUUGUUGGGAAAGUGGAGCAAUUUACGACCGUCUGAUUUUUAAAUGUAACCUUGAAUGUGUCAUGGCAUCAUAACAUGAGUCAUAAUUCUAAAAUUAGUAGACCAAACCAAUAACUUAUGUUUUUAGUUUUUUUUCGACAGUUGUAUUUAUUUUAUCGGACACAUACCAGGAUUUGCUUUUUGCAGUUUAUUUUAAAUGAUUUUCAACAAUUUUGCAUCCCAACAUUGAAAAAUCAUGCUUCUUGCUGCAAGAGAAGUCUUCUGAUGAAAAAUACAAACAAAAAUAAAUCAAUAAAUAAAAUGUAUUUCUCUU